AUGCCCCCUCUGGUCGCCACCGAACCAUUCCCACUUCCUCCCGGAGUACUCUUCCCUCCUUACCCGUCACCUCCUCCCCCUCAACUACAUCCGCACCCCUUCAACGUCCCCUCGCAACUAGGGUCUAAUACCGUCUUCAUGCCGGUCCCUGUCCCGAUGCCGUUACCCAUGCCACCGCCGCCUCCGCAGGCACCCACGAUCAUCGCCUGUCCUCCGGCGCCCGUCCAGUAUUCGUACCCUCCCCCGCCUCCUCCCGCGCAGCCGCUUUCGCCGAGUCAGGAUUUCGCGCGCCUCAUUAUGCUGCUGGAACGGUUCGGACCCGACGGUUCGGGCGGCAGGCAACGUGAGGAGUUCGAGUCCGACAUGGACCGAGGGAAGAGCAGAAAGAACGAGAAACGGGAAAACAAAAUGCAGAGGAGAAAGGGGAAGAAAGAGAGAGACGUGGAAACAAAGCGAGGUAACGGAGAGGAUGUCAAGAAUCCAGGGGUGGUACUCCAGCAGAUGCAAGGAGACAACCAAAAAGAAGACGCCAAGAAAGAGGAGCUCGAGGAAGCGAACAAGGACAGCAAGGGUGCCCACGACUUGAACGCGCCAGUGCCGGGUCUUGCGUCUCAGGCGGCUGACGUGGAACCCGGAGCUCCGAGGGGUGACGCCCAGCCCUCGAUGCCCGGGCAGGAGAAUGGCGAACCUGCCUUACAAGGGGGGCAAUCAGGAAAUAUAGGGUCACCUUCGGCCUCGGCGCCUCCGCAGUUGUAA